AUGCAGCUUGAAGCCAAUCUAGUUCCAGGAGAUGCGGCUGCUUUUGGGCCUCGCCCUCGCCUCCGCCAAGGAGUACUCGAAGACCUACAGCUUCAUGGCCGAGCGCACGGAGUGCGACGGCCAGUGUACAUACUGCCGCCAUGCCCACAAUCAGCACAAAUGGGCGGAAAUCCGCACGAAGAUUGGGCACUACGUCUAUCGCGAGCCUGGACAGGAGGAGACUCAGUGCUGUCGAUGGCAGAGCACCGCGAGGUACAGGAGCUCAUCAACUGGUCCUGGAUAAAAGGGGUGAACUUCGAGUGCAUCCUCGGCAUUAUCGCACUGAGGCUUCUGUCCUUUGGCUACUCGGACCCCCUUCAGUUCAACGCGAAUGAUCCGGACUUCGGCGUUUUGGACUUCCUGGAUACCUUCAAUGCCCACUCAGGUGCUCUGGACCUGCUCACCUCCUCCUGGGCUGCAUUGCUGGCAGGGGGAUGGCCAGUCUUCAAGGAGCUGCACCUGGUUGGCAAGAAGCUGAUGGAUGUCAUGGACGACAGGCCCAUGAAGUAUCCGGGCCUGCAGACGCGGCCCAACGAGUGUGACGAGCUGGAUAGCGAGGAGGACUUGAACUACCGGGACGCUCUUGUCCAUGGCCUUGCCUCGGGGGAGAUGCCGGUGCUGGGCAUCCACUUGUUGGCCAUUCGCCGGUCCGGCGGGUGCCCUGCAGGUAAUGCGGUGGCGCUUCUGGCGGUAGCGCUGGAUCUCAUCAAUCGGGGCACCUACCAGGGCUCGCUGAAAGACUCCAGCAACAUGGUCUAUGCGCUGAUCGUGACGGCGCAGGAUACCAUCAGCUCAUGGGUCACGACAAAGUCCAACUGGUCGCCUUUCUUCGACCUGCUCACCACCAGGUGGCCCCUCUGGGAGAUGCUCUCAAGACUCGCCUGCGUGGACAGCACCCGGCCCUGCGUCACCCGCUCGGCACUCCAGUGCUAUGACUUUCUGCAGCGGCAACACGUGCCUUGCCCCCACCAGCCCCCCGAGCUUCGGAGCAUCUUCGUGGGCUGCGGAGAGCAUGACAUCUGCACCUGGCCGGUGAUGGGCUCUGAGGAUCCCACCAGUUGGUGUGUGGCCCACGAGCGGCGAGUUCCGGAUCCCAGAAGACCCUGGCUGCGGGAGCUCUCCCACGACCUUGAGGAGCGUGUCUGCAGUCAGUGUGGUCAGGAUGGAGUGCUGCGUGCCAUCUUCCGGAACGUGGGUUUCAGAGACGAAGGAUCGCAGCAUCCCUUCUACGUGGAGUUCGGGUCCCGGAAGCCGGGAAUGCUGAACAGCGCGGUGCUGCGGGAGCUGUGGGAGUUCUGCAAUUGGCGCGGUGUGCUGCUGGACUCGCAGCCUGGGGAGACACCUCACGGCCGGGACUGCCCGGGUGUGGCCAUGAUCGCCACAGAGCCGGCGCCCAAAGCCGGAGAGAAGAGAGCGGAGCCGGAACCGUUUGUCACGGCCGAGAACGUGGUGGAACUCUUCCAGAAGUACGAGGUGCCAAGGGACUUCGACUUGCUCACCAUCGACACGGACUACAACGACUACUGGAUCUGGCGCGCGCUGCUGACGGAUGGCACCUUCAAGCCACGGGUGGUGGCGGUGGAUUUCAACCCCGACAUCUCCCUCCAGGAGGCGAAGGUCGUGAGGUAUUCUCCGCUUGCGGAGUGGGAUGGCACCGUGUACACAGUAGGCUCUUUGCUGGCCUACUCCCUACUGGCGAGAGCCCACGGCUAUUCCUUCGCCUAUGCGCUGGAGAUGGGCUCCCAUGCCUUCUUCGUGCGGGCGGACCUGCUGCAUGAGGAUCCGAAAAAGCGGGACUUUGUGGAUGUCUUGUACGACUUCAUCCCAGGCAUUCCCGUGAACGGAGACGUGGAUUCGAAAACCGGGCGGAAGCGAAAUCCGGGAGGGGCCAUGGCCAUCGGACUUUUCAUCUCAAUCGGCCAGGUGAGCCGAGGAAGGCCGGAUGGGCUUGCGGGUCCUUGGAAAGUGUAG